UACUUUGGUGAAGACCAUCCAGACGAGAUAACGGAUUAAUCUUUAACCGGCGUGUCACGUGACUCGCACCGCCAGUGUAUAAAAUGGGGGAAAAAAUACGUCCAUCUGUCCGCAGAAAAGGCGUCACUCUCAGGCAGUAAGGAUGCCCACUUUCUUCACACGCUGCACUCUGGUGGCCUUGCUGCUGGCUGCAUGCCUGGCAGACCACCACCACGACCACCACCACCACCAUGACCACGACCACCAGGGAGACGACAUGAGCUGCCACACGCUGUCGUCUCCCAAUGCCGAUUUGGGCUUUGCCCUUUAUAAAAACCUGAAUGCCAAGGCAGACGCGGGCAAGAACAUCUUCUUCUCGCCACUGAGUAUCGCCACCGCCCUGUCCCUGCUGUCCACGGGGGCCGCCGGCGACACCCACAGCCAGCUCUUCUCCACCUUGGGCUACGGCGGGCAGGAGCCGGCCAAGAUCAACCAGGCCUACAAGCACCUUUUCCACAUGCUCGCUCACAAGCAGGACCAGCAGCAGCUGGACAUCGGCAACGCCCUCGCCGUGCGAUCCCACUUCACGCCCGCCGAGGCCUUCAUGAAGGGCGCCAAGGAGUUCUUCUCCUCCGAGCUCCUCCAGGUGGACUUCAGCAAACCUCAAGAGGCUGCGGCUCAGAUCAACACCUACAUAGCCAAUAAAACCAAUGACAUGAUUAAGGACCAGGUGAAGGACUUGGACAGCGCAAUGGCCAUGGUGCUGAUCAACUAUGUGUACUUCAAAGGACACUGGAAGAGACCCUUUAACAGUUCGCUGACGAGGAAGGCCGACUUCCACGUGGACGAGAACACCAAAGUGGAGGUGGACAUGAUGAAGAAGAUGUCUCGCCACGACUUCUACUACGACCACGAGAACGCCACGUCCGUCCUCAUGCUGCCGUACAAAGGCAACACCUCCAUGAUGAUCGUCCUGCCCGACGAGGGCAAGAUGGCGACCGUGGAGGAGCGCAUCACCAAGGAGUGCAUCAGGCACUGGCACAACUCGCUCUACAGACAAUCCGUGAACGUGUUCUUGCCCAAAUUCUCCAUUUCUACCAGCGCCGCUCUGGACGCCUCGUUGAAAGAAUUGGGAAUAACUGCCGCAUUCGGAGACGGCGCCGAUUUCUCCGGCAUAUCCAGCGACAUGAAGCUCAAAUUGUCCAAGGCGUCCCAUCAGGCGGUUUUGAGCGUGGAUGAAAUGGGCACAGAGGCUGCGGCCGUCACCACCCUGGAGGUGAUGCCCAUGAGUAUGCCCGCCAGAAUGGUAAUGGACAGACCUUUCUUGGUCUUCAUCCUGGAGGAUUCCACCCAAAGCAUCCUCUUCAUGGGCAAGAUCAAUAACCCCACCAGCCAUUAAGUGAAGACAUGUUUUGCAUUUUGAUUUUUUUGUGUGUGUGUAUUUGUAUUCUAAUUCAAUAAAAAGCAUGUUGAAUGGUCAA